CCUGCUCCGCCCCGGUGCUCCCCUGUGGUCCUCCUCCGGGAUCCUCCUCAGCGAUCCUCCCCCGUGGGCCUCCUCCCCGGUGGUCCUCGUUCCCCGUGGUCCUCCUCCGGGGUCCUCCUCCCCCGUGGUCCUCCUCCCCUCCGUGGUACUCCUCCUCCGCGCCCUCCUCCUCCGCGCCCUCCUCGCCUCCCGGUCCCCGCAGCCGGCAUGCAGAAGGACGCCUCCCCUCGCGGCUUCCUGCCCAGCUUCCGGCACUUCGCCACGCAAGCCAUCCACGCGGGACAGGAGCCGGAGCAGUGGACGUCGCGCGCCGUGGUGCCGCCCAUCUCGCUGGCCACCACGUUCAAGCAGGGCACGCCGGGCGACGACGCGGGUUUCCAAUACAGCCGUUCUGGAAAUCCCACGAGAAAUUGCUUGGAAAAAGCAGUGGCCGCACUGGAUGGGGCAAAGUACAGUUUGGCCUUUGCUUCAGGGCUAGCUGCCACCGUGACAAUCACCCAUCUUUUAAAAGCAGGAGACCAAGUCAUUUGCAUGGAUGAUGUGUACGGAGGCACCAAUAGGUACUUCAGGAGGGUGGCACCUGAAUUUGGACUGAAGAUUUCUUUUGUGGAUUGUACCAAAACCCAAUCACUAGAGGCGGCGAUUACACCGCAAACCAAGCUUGUUUGGAUCGAAACCCCCACAAACCCGAACUUGAAGAUGGCUGACAUCGAAGCUUGCGCACGUGCCGUCCAUAAGCACAGAGACAUCAUUAUGGUCGUGGACAACACUUUCAUGUCGGCGUAUUUCCAGCGACCUUUGUCUUUGGGAGCUGAUAUCUGUAUGUAUUCUGCCACAAAAUACAUGAACGGCCACAGUGAUGUUGUCAUGGGAUUGGUGUCUGUUAACUCUGAAGAGCUCCAUAAUCGGCUCCGUUUCCUGCAGAACUCAAUCGGCGCGGUUCCUUCUCCUUUUGACUGUUACCUGUGCUGUCGUGGUCUGAAGACUCUACAGGUCCGCAUGGAGAAGCACUUCAAAAAUGGCAUGGCUGUGGCCCGGUUCCUGGAGUCUGAUCCCCGGGUAGAGAAGGUCGUUUAUCCUGGACUGCCCUCUCACCCACAGCAUGAGCUGGCCAAGCGCCAGUGCACGGGCUGCCCCGGGAUGGUCACCUUCUACAUCAAGGGUGCACUGCGGCAUGCGGAGGCUUUCCUCAAGAGCCUAAAGCUGUUUACUCUGGCUGAGAGCCUGGGAGGAUAUGAAAGUCUUGCUGAGCUCCCGGCAACCAUGACCCACGCAUCUGUGCCUGAGAAUGACCGAGCCACCCUUGGGAUAAGUGAGACACUGAUCCGGCUCUCCGUGGGCUUAGAGGAUGAAAAGGACCUGCUGGAGGAUCUAGAUCAAGCUUUGAAGGCAGCGCACCCUUGAAGGGGCAGUCCUGACUGCAUUCCAGAACUGCCACAGGGGCUGCUUCCAAGUGCGGGACCUCCUGACUGGACGGACCACGACUGAGCCCUGCAAACAGUCCCAGGGACUCUCAGUGCUGCAAGCUUCCAGGGACCGUCCCUUUACAAACCGUCUUCUCUAUACCCUUCUGUAGCCGACCGGUUGGUUCCGUUAGUAUCAUUUUGGUGAUUUUUUGUGAUGCAUUUGCCCCUGAGGAGGUGAUAUUUGUGCUGCUUUGAGGAUCCUAGUGGGCUUCCUUUUUUUCAUAGCCUGAUUUAUUUUGAUCAUGUUUACAAUAUAAUAAUUCACUUUUGAUGUUUUAUGAAGUUAAAUUAUUAAAUGAAUGUUAUUAAAUCAAGUGUGAUUUUUUUUUUUUGCAUCAGGUUGAAAAAAUUUAUUGAAAGCAGUGGUUUAUAUUUAAUUAUCGUAAGCCAAAAAUCAAAUACUUGAACAGCCUGUGAAAUUCUAGUGAUUAAAGGUUGUACUUGCUACUCAUUAUUUUUUUAAAUAAAUCUAAUUACCAAAUGCA